CCGGCCGGCCAGUCAUGGGGCUCGUCUGGGCGUAGUGAGAGUGCGCGGACAUGCACACUGUGGUCUUCGUGCCCGUCUACCUACUGCUCGUCACCCCCAUCACAACCUCUUGGUGGGCUGCAGGUAGCAACGUGGUAUUGGACCCGAAACAGAUCUGCAAGAAGUCCCGCAAGUUUAACGAUAAAAUGGAUAAAAUCUGCAACGGCAAAACCAAACUGCUCGAGUUCAUAUCCCAUGGGGUUGCACUCGGCGAAAGCGAAUGUCAAUAUCAGUUCAGAUUUAGAAAGUGGAAUUGUACGUCCGCGAGGAGGAGUAUGAGAAAAGUUUUAUUAAGAGAUACUCGUGAAACGGGGUUCGUUAAUGCAAUAACGGCAGCUGCAGUUACCUAUGAAAUUACCAAGGCGUGUACGAAAGGUGAUUUAAAAAACUGUUUUUGCGAUAGAAAGUACAACAAAAACAGUAAAAAAAAUAAAAUGAAAGGAGUCAAGUUACCAGACGGAGAGUGGAAAUGGGGCGGGUGCGGCGAUAACAUUAAUUAUGGAUUUAGAAAAUCUAAAGAUUUUAUGGAUACGCGAUACAAAAAGAAAAGCGAUAUGAAAACUUUGUUAAAACUUCACAAUUAUAAGGCAGGGAGAUUGGCCAUAAAAAAUCACAUGACAACCGAAUGUAAAUGUCAUGGUUUAUCGGGUUCUUGUAACGUUAAAACUUGUUGGAGAAAAAUGCCUUUAUUUCGUGAAGUUGGUAAUCGUUUAAAAGAGCACUUUGAUGGUGCUGCGAAAGUAAUAGCCGGUAAUGAUGGCCACAGUUUCAUCCCGGAAGGUGAAACGAUUAAAUCGCCAGGCGAAGAAGAUCUGGUAUACUCCGAAGAUACUCCGAAUUAUUGCAAACUGAAUCGUACCAUCGGAUCUUUUGGCACGGGUGGAAGGGAAUGCAAUCCGACCUCGCAAGGUGAAGAAGGUUGCGACAUUUUAUGUUGCAAUCGGGGCCACACCACAAGGAAGGAAACGGAGGAGCGUUCGUGUAAUUGCGAAUUCGUUUAUUGUUGUGAAGUUCAAUGUCAGACUUGUAGAUCCGAUAAGAACGUAAGCACUUGCGUGUGAUAUUUUAAAAAGUAAUGAUCUUCUAGUACCUAGUAAGAUAAUGUCCUCGUUGUACAUAGUUUUGUUGAUCGAAACUGUAUGUUGAAAAAUGUCUAUAAAAAUAUUUUUGAAUAACCAAUUUUUAUUUAUUAAUUUUUUUGUCAAUAUUAUUAUUAACAUUU